AUGGUCGCUACAGCGUCUUUAAGGCGGAUGGGACUGCUCGCCACAGCCGCCGUCGUAGCGGCAACACAGUCCUCCUCCGCAGCUUCCGCCAAUAGCACACCGAAUCCGUUAUUCCCGAAGGACAUGGUGGAUUAUCUACAAUGCCAAGUAUGCCAGACGCCGGAACUCACGGGCAGUGUACAGGACUCAGCUUGCGACUACGAGACAGUGGAUAAGGCCGUGAACGAACACUUCCAUCCGCUACUGCACGAGCUGUCGCGUCUCACGUUUUUCCGCUACUUCAAAGUGGAUCUGGGCAAGGAAUGUCCCUUCCAGGCGUGGCGGGACGACGGCAUGUGCGCUAGUAUCGACUGCGCGGUCUGCGAGUGCCCGUCACACGAGAUCCCACCACCAUGGAGUCUGUUGGACCAACAAGAGCGACUCAGUGAAAGCCAGGAGCAAGUUGGAAAACCCUGCGAUGAACAGACUGGAGAAAGCACGCUGUCCAAGGUCGAUCGCAAGAAUGCAGCGGCAGGAGAGACUUUUAAAGAGUGGGAAGAGGUCUCCAGUGCCAAUGUCUGGGCGACUCAAGGCGAAGCGGAGGAGAUGAUGACUUACAUUAAUUUACUGGAGAACCCAGAGAGAUAUACAGGGUACAGCGGCAUCCAGGCCGAGCGCAUCUGGCAGGCCAUCUAUAAGGAGAACUGCUUCACGCCUUCGGAAGAGAGUGUUCUGGACAACCUGUGCCUUGAAGAGCGUGUGUACUACCGCCUCAUCAGUGGGCUACAGGCGUCUAUCAACACACACAUCGCGCUGACGUACAAAUUCGGCGACAAAUGGGGCGUUAACCCGUCGCUAUUCGUCAGCCGCGUUGGCAAGCACCGUGAACGGCUGCAGAAUCUCUAUUUUGCCUACCUGUUCGUCAUGCGUGCGAUCAGCAAGUACCGACAUGAACUGCUGGCUUACGAUUAUAACACGGGAAACGCUGCUGAUGACCUUCGUGUGAGGGAAAUUCUGCGCCAGCUCUUGCUAGAAGGAUCGGAUGAUGCUCGAGCGUCGGGAGUGUCCUGUCCGGCGUAUGCUGAGUGCUCGUCUGUGCUGUCUGGCUUCGACGAGAGCGCUCUAUUUCGUGUUCAAGCUGACGGACUUACUCUCGAUCAGCUAGCACAAGCUCAGCAAGAGAAGGAGCAGCUAGAAGUGCAAUUCCGUGAGAAGUUCCAGAAUGUUAGUCGCAUCAUGGACUGCGUCACGUGCGAGAAGUGUCGACUCUGGGGCAAGCUGCAAACUAUGGGAUUGGGAACAGCCAUCAAGAUCCUGCUCACAGAGGACGUGUCGACAAUUCCGAAGCUACAUCGCAAUGAGCUCAUCGCGCUCAUUAACGUAGCUAACAAUCUCUCUCGCAGUGUGGACGGCGUCAAAAUGAUGCGGGAGCUCGAGUUCAUCGAGGCUGUAAAGCAAUUCGGCUUCAUCUGCGGUGGCGCUGUUCUGCUCGUGUUGGUUCUCAUUGCCAUUUUCCGCAAGCGAAAGAAUAGAAAGCGUGUGCACAAAAAGCAAGAGUAA